AUGGCCCAAUUGGCCGGUGGAAGGGUUGCCUACCUUUUUGAUAGGUGCGAGCUGAGCUUUUGCGGGACUAUCUCGGACCCCCCUGAAGGGUCUCUGGACCAUGGCGGCUUGCUGAUCCGAGCCCUGUCUGCAUAUCGUGUGUGCGACUUUUUACCCGAUGAGGGAUUCACGUCCAUGCGUCUCCGAGUCCUUGAUAUCCGCAUCCAUGCAGAUGCAGAACCCGGUAAUUCGUAUGCCAUGGACGCACCGCAUGUUGCAGCGCGCUGCUGCAUGUCCUUCUGCGAACUGCUUGACGUUUCAGGGUCUGUCCAGUUGUCGACGUUGACCCCGGAAGGGCGGGAGUCCGUCCGGCGCAAAAAGCGCACGCAUCGACAUGAAGCAUUCUAUCCUCAAAGCAACCAAGUUUGCUAUGCAAAAGACACUGGCGAAGACGAUAAGACACAGAGAGAACGGGAAAAGAGACGCAGAAAGUCAGACAUGCGACUGCGGGGUGCGAUUCCGAGAGGGACGGGCCAAGCAUUAGCGAUUCAGCCAACCAACCAGGAUGGCGAAUCAGCUGCUUGUCCGGGGGUCACUGGCGCCGCUCCCCCAGUCGUCUGGUCCAACGGGAAGACGAAUGGCUGGGGACGGUGUUCCAAGUGGCGAUGCAAUUGUGCAAGGCUAUCAAAGCAGAGGCCAGUAGCAGGUCCUCGUCAUCGUGUCAGACGGCGGAUUCGCGACGGCGUUGCUUUGAAAGCUAUGGACGGCAGGAAGGGAGGGACAGGGCGAGGGUCGCGAUUUGCCGGUGAAGGCUCUGCUGCUUGA